AUGCUGUUAUUGACGGCUGUGGUGGCAUGCGUCCUCGCCACAGGUAAAGGGGUUGGUGAUCUCCGUACAGCAACCAUUGAUGAUGUCGGAAUUGAGGUGGAUGAAGGCAUGAACAGCGCUGGGGAGAAGCAAAGAGCCCUGGGAGCUCGCACUCUUGAGCUGUUGCGAAACGGCCAGCAAGAAGUGCUACCUGUCAAAGAUGUGAAAGAACUGGUGGACUGCCAUGACUUAUUUGUGGCGUCCUCAUGCCCUCAAACAGCCGACAAAGACGCCUGUCAGCAGACGGUGGUUGAGUAUGAUGGCGUGCGGUAUGUCUGCUUCUAUACGGAGAAUGUGUAUGGUGCGCAGGAAAUCGCAGAGUUCGCUGGUAAGAGUGCAUGCCUGAAGCUUUUGGACCUUACAGGCUGCUGCAUCACGUCCACGGGAAUGCUGCAUAUUGCGGAGGCCCUGCAGUCCAGCUUGACGCUGGAGAGCUUGAUUCUCCGGCACAAUGAGAUUACCUCUGGGCCUGCUGGCGAGGAGGCCUUGGCAUCCUUCUGCGAAGCGGCGCGGAAAAGCCCAUCUCUGAGGCAUCUGGAUCUUCGCUAUACUGGCUUGUGCGGUGAAGCUGCAGCUGUUCAAGUUGGAUCCAUUCUUGAGGGGAAUGGGGCAUUGUCGCACUUGGAGCUGUCCUGGAACCCGCUGGAAGCGUCCGGCGGACAGGCUCUUCUUCACAGCAUUCGUUCAACAUCCGGGCUUUUCGAUUGCCAGCUCACUGGUUGCAGGUUGGCUGAUGAGACAAUGCAGGAGAUUGCCGAGUUGCUGCUUCGAAAUCGCAAGGCCCAUAGAGCCAGCAUGUCUGCUGGGCCGUACCAGGGCUCCUGGAUUUCAAACGAUGCCGCGGUGGAAGGCUUCGAGAUGGCUGAUGGCUUGAAACGAGCCAUGCCACCGGGCUCUCGAAGCCAGGGACAGGCGGCUGCAGCAAAUUACUCGUUGCGCUGUGCUGUUGCCAACAUCCCCGGCAAUGCCGUGGUGUCUGAACUGAAGACAGAGGAGUUGAUGGAGAGGCUUUUCGAUCUUCGGCAAAGGUUCCUCCUGGAGUCAUCCGGCAACGAGAAGGCUGCGCGAGUUCACGAGUUCUUGCAGUACUUGAGCAAAGGGCAAAGCGAGCUGAAGCAGAACCUUCAGGCAGCUGAGGGAACGAUCCACCGCACCGGCUUGAUUGCUGAAGGAUUCCAGGACCGGGAGCUUCGCUACCGAGGGAACAUUGCUGCUGCUCGUGACCAGUUGCUGGACUAUGCGCAAGAGUACAGCAAGUUGCAGGCAGCUUUGCGAAGAUCAAUGGAAGAUCUUGCAAUUCUGCGAGAUGAUCUGGAGAUUGCGAAAGAUGAUUUCAAGAGAUCUCGGCAAAACAGCGAGGAUGACGAGGAUCGUGACAGAGGGACUCUAGCCCUGCUGAGCGGAGAGUGCAAGGAGCUCGAAAGGAAGCUCUCAGAAUUAAAAGACCGAGGCGGACACCUCGACUUUGAGAGCAACAUGCUGCGGAGCCGAGCUGAACAGGUGCGGGAAAGAGUAGCCAAUGAAGUUGCCGCCUGA